CGCUCCCUCGGACGGGGCCACCCCGAUGGGACGCAGCGCCCCGACCCCUGUGCGCCGCUGAGCCAAGCGCCCGCGUCGCCGCGAGCUGCUGACCCUCGCCACCUGGGCCGGGAGCCCCGUCCCGGUCCCCUGGAAAGCUGGAUUUCCGAGGCUGGAGGCGCCUAGCCGGCUGGGUGGGGACCACCAUGGGCAACGCGGCCGGCAGCGCCGAGCAGCCCGCGGGCCCUGCCGCGCCGUCCCCGAAGCAGCCGGCCGCCCCCAAGCAGCCGAUGCCCGCGGCCGGGGAGCUGGAGGAGAGGUUCACCCGGGUCCUGAACUGUAUGAACUUACCCCCGGACAAGGUCCAGCUGCUGAGCCAGUAUGACAACGAGAAGAAGUGGGAGCUCAUCUGUGACCAGGAGCGGUUUCAAGUCAAGAACCCCCCUGCCGCUUACAUCCAGAAGCUGAAGAGUUACCUGGAUACCGGUGGGGUCAGCAGAAAGGUAGCAGCUGAUUGGAUGUCCAACCUGGGGUUCAAGAGGCGAGUUCAGGAGUCCACACAGGUUCUGCGGGAGCUGGAGACCUCCCUAAGGACAAACCACAUUGGGUGGGUGCAGGAGUUUCUCAACGAGGAAAACCGUGGCCUGGAUGUGCUCCUGGAAUACCUGGCCUUUGCCCAGUGCUCUGUCACUUUUUCCUGCAGGUCUGGCCCACCUGGCAGUUUCCUCCAUCCCCUUCUUAAGUGUCCCCUGCAGUGCUGGCCUCCAAGCCCCUUGCAUCGUAUCUCCAGGUAUGACAUGGAAAGCACAGAUAACGGCGCCUCCAACUCAGAGAAGAGCAAACCCCUGGAGCAGUCUGUGGAAGAUCUUAGCAAGGGGCCACCCUCAUCAGUGCCCAAAAGUCGCCACUUGACCAUCAAGUGCCCCCCUUCUCCCCGGAUGACCCCUGCCCACAGCAGGAAGGCCUUACGGAAUUCCCGUAUCGUCAGCCAGAAGGAUGAUGUCCACGUCUGUAUCAUGUGCCUGCGCGCCAUCAUGAACUACCAGUCUGGCUUUAGCCUUGUUAUGAACCACCCGGCCUGUGUGAAUGAGAUUGCUCUGAGUCUCAACAAUAAGAACCCCCGAACCAAGGCCCUGGUGCUGGAGCUGCUUGCGGCUGUGUGCCUGGUGCGGGGAGGACACGACAUCAUCCUUGCAGCCUUUGACAAUUUCAAGGAGGUAUGUGGGGAACAGCACCGCUUUGAAAAGCUCAUGGAUUAUUUCCGGAACGAGGACAGCAAUAUCGACUUCAUGGUGGCCUGCAUGCAAUUCAUCAACAUUGUGGUACACUCGGUGGAGAAUAUGAACUUCCGUGUCUUCUUGCAAUAUGAGUUCACUCAUCUGGGUCUGGACUUGUACUUGGAGAGGCUUCGGCUUACGGAGAGUGACAAGCUGCAGGUCCAGAUUCAGGCAUAUCUGGACAACAUUUUUGAUGUGGGUACGCUGUUGGAGGACACUGAGACCAAGAAUGCUGUGCUGGAGCACAUGGAGGAGCUGCAGGAGCAAGUGGCACUGCUGACGGAGCGGCUUCGGGACGCAGAGAACGACUCCAUGGCCAAGAUUGCUGAACUGGAAAAGCAGCUAAGCCAGGCCCGCAAGGAACUGGAGACCCUGCGGGAACGCUUCAGCGAGUCAACCCCCAUGGGCAUCUCCAGACGUCCUCCGGAGCCUGAGAAAGUGCCUCCUCCCGCCCCGGCACGGCCCUCCGCCCUGGAGCUGAAGGUCGAGGAGUUGGAGGAAAAGGGGUUAAUCCGAAUCCUGCGGGGGCCCGGGGAUGCCGUCUCCAUUGAGAUCGUCCCAGUCACUGUGGCAACCCCAAGCGGCAGUGAUGCUCCUACUCCGGGGUUGCCCAGCUGUUCCCCCAGCCCAGAUCUCCCACCUGCAGCAGAGCUGGCUCCUGGAGCAGCACCGCCCGCGCCACCACCCCCACCGCCUGGCCUCCAGUUCCAACAGGAAGCCCCUCCCUCGACGCCCCCACCGGCCCCGCCCCUCCCGGGUAGCCCAGAGCCCCCGCCCGCACCACCGUUGCCAGGAGACUUACCGCCCCCACCCCCACCGCCUCCGCUGCCACCUCUCGGCACUGACGGACCAGUGCCACCGCCGCCCCCACCGCCGCCCGGAGGUCCCCCUGAUGCACUUGGAGGGCCUGGCCCAGAGACGAGCUUAGGAGUGAAGGCCAAGAAACCCAUCCAGACCAAGUUCCGGAUGCCACUCUUGAACUGGGUGGCCCUGAAACCCAGCCAGAUUACAGGCACCGUGUUCACAGAGCUCAACGAUGAGAAAGUGCUACAAGAACUGGACAUGAGUGACUUUGAGGAACAGUUCAAGACUAAGUCUCAAGGCCCCACUCUGGACAUCAGUGCUCUCAAGGGCAAGGCAGCUCACAAGGCCCCCAGUAAAGCAACACUCAUCGAGGCCAACCGGGCCAAAAACCUGGCCAUCACUCUGCGCAAGGGCAAUCUGGGGGCCGACCGCAUCUGCCAGGCUAUUGAGACGUACGACCUGCAGGCUCUCGGCCUGGACUUCUUGGAGCUUUUGACCCGCUUUCUGCCCACGGAGUAUGAGCGCAGCCUCAUUGCCCGCUUUGAGCGGGAGCAGCGUCCCGUGGAGGAGCUGUCGGAAGAGGACCGCUUCAUGCUACGCUUUAGCCGCAUCCCACGCCUGCCGGAGCGCAUGUCCACACUCACCUUCCUGGGCAACUUCCCGGAUACGGCCCAGCUGCUCAUGCCGCAACUGAAUGCCAUCAUUGCAGCCUCGAUGUCCAUCAAGUCCUCUGACAAACUCCGGCAGAUCCUGGAGAUCGUCCUGGCCUUUGGCAACUACAUGAACAGCAGCAAGCGUGGGGCAGCCUAUGGUUUCCGGCUCCAGAGUCUGGAUGUGCUGUUGGAGAUGAAGUCGACUGACCGAAAGCAGACGCUGCUGCACUACCUGGUGAAGGUCAUUGCUGAGAAGUACCCACAGCUCACAGGCUUCCACAGUGACUUGCACUUCGUGGACAAGGCAGGCUCAGUGUCCCUGGACAGUGUCCUGGGGGAUGUGCGCUCCCUGCAGCGAGGCCUGGAGUUGACACAGAGGGAGUUUGUGCGGCAGGAUGACUGCUUGGUGCUUAAGGAGUUCCUCAGGGCCAACUCUCCCACCAUGGACAAGCUACUGGCAGACAGCAAGACUGCUCAGGAGGCCUAUGAGUCUGUGGUGGAGUACUUCGGAGAAAACCCCAAGACCACAUCCCCCUCCAUGUUCUUUUCCCUCUUCAGCCGUUUCAUCAAGGCCUACAAGAAAGCUGAGCAAGAGGUGGAACAAUGGAAGAAGGAAGCAGCUGCCCAGGAGGCAGGUGCCGACACUCCAGGCAGGGGGGAACCCCCAGCACCUAAGUCUCCACCCAAGGCCCGGCGACAACAGAUGGACCUCAUCUCUGAGCUGAAACGGAAGCAGCAGAAGGAGCCACUCAUCUAUGAGAGUGACCGUGAUGGGGCCAUUGAAGACAUUAUCACAGAUCUACGGAACCAGCCCUACAUCCGCGCAGACACAGGCCGUCGCAGUGGUCGUAGGCGCCCUCCAGGACCUCCCCUGCAGGUCACCUCUGACCUCUCGCUGUAGCCUAUUUCCGCAGGUGGAUUCUGUAGGGGGUGGGGUUGUAGGCAGGCUGGGCCUCAAGGAAGGUGGGCCUCUGGGCAACCCCUCCUCCUGCUGCCUGGCACCUUGGCCCUCCUUAAAGGGGCCAGCACAGCCUCCUCCUGUUGGAGGCAGAGUCACCUGGUCUCAAUCCUCAAAUGCUGCUUGCAGCACCCCUCCCCCAAUAGCCAUACUUAGCCUGAGCGGGAGCCUGGCCUGUAACUUAUAAAGUGCACCUUGCCCUCCCCCAUGAACUCCCACCCCCAAAGACUCUCCUUGGACCUUAUUUUUAUACAAGAUUAAUAAAGAUGUUUGCAAAAAAUCA